AUGCCUAAUAUUAACCUUCGCUAUGAUGGUCAAGGAGACGACAAAGAUUGUGUUCUUACGAAUGACAUCCCCGAAGACUUCAAGAUCGCCGACUUUCCAUAUGAUGUCGAAGAUUUUAUUCUGCAACUAGAUUCUGAUUCCUCGCCGGUUCAAAAGAACUGGAAACAUGUCGCUUAUGGGUAUGGAAUUACCAAACAAGACAUUCAGCUGUUGGAGAUAGAGAGCAGGAAGCCAGGAGUCAGCGCAAUAAGGCUUUUGAUAGGAAAGUUGUGCAGUUCCAAAUGUGCUACUCUAAAAGAGUUCGUACACGUCCUCCAGGAGCUGGAACGCAACGAUGUUGCCAACGACAUUAUUAACUGGUUUAGGAAAAAACAAGACAGAUGUUUAGAGGAGGAUAAAAAUUGA